UGAAAUAAAUAAUAAAAUAAAUUGAAUUAAUUUUUUAGUAUAUAAAACGAUAGUUGAAAAAAUUCAAUUCGAAAAUGUAAAUAAUGGCAACCAAUAGAAAUUUUGAUCGAUCAUUGAGUAAAAAUUCUAUUGAAGAAAUACAACAAGAAUUGCUUCAAAAUAAUGAUGCAUUACGAUUUCAUUUCUGGGCAAUGACCAUCUAUCAAGCAUAUUAUAGUUGCUAUAUGCAGCAUCAUCCGAAUGCUUAUAAUGAACGUGCAAGGAUUUUUGAGCAAAUGUUUACGAAUAAUAAAAAUUGUUAUAAUAAUAUAACAUUUGAUCAAGUUCGAUCUUAUUCGGCUAGAAUUGCCCGCAAAUGUUUUCCACGAACACUAUUGAUUCAAUUUAUUGAUUCGAAAAAUGAACAAAAUCAAUCAAAUUUAUACGUCGAAAUUCAAGAUGAAACGGGAAACAUCAUAGUCAAACUGCAACGUCAAUUUCAAUUUGAAUUAAUAAGAGUUAAUUUACCUAUUGAAUGUAAUUACAAGCUAAACAGCAAAAUCAUCAUCAAGAUCACUGAUCAAUAUAAUCAAAUCAUAAUUGAUAAAUCGAUUAAAGAAGGUGAUAUUUCAGGUUAUACAGGCUACAUGGAAAAUCUUGGUGAUCAAUUUGGAAUUCUACGAUUAAAAUGGACCAUUCGUACAGAUUUAUUGUUAGGAUGGCCAUGCAAUCCUAAUCGAUUUAUUCCUCAAUUGCUAAUGGUGUUAUUGAAAAACGAAUCAAUGUAUUUCUAUUUUUUCGAGCCAGUAUUCAAUGCUUUAAGUUCUAAUGAUAAGAUCAUUGUGUUGAAAAGUCUUCCAUGGUUACGAUUAAUUAAAGGUGAUCGUUGCCAUAUCAGACAACUAGCAAAAAUUUUUAUGGUAUGUUGUCAUGAUCAAACAAACUCAGAGUCGCUACAUUUGGAUUUAAUGAUAGAGAAUAGUAAGAUAUUCUUUCCUUCUUUGACAAGAGAACAACAAAUAAAUACAUUUUAUUAUUUUGGUCAAAAAUUUGAAAAAUAUCUUAUUGGCAAAAGCAAAUCACUACCGAUCAAAGAUCAUCAACAAUUGAUUAACUUGAUCUUUCUACUGCAAAAAUUCGUUUCAACUGAAAAAAAGAAACGCAAUAAGCCCACAAAUUCCAAUUUGAAAGAUGUGUAUGAAUUGAUUGAAUUGAUGCGACAAAUUAUGACAGACAAAAAAAUUGACAAAAAUGUCCGAAAUUUCAGUUCCUAUCUAAUCUCCUUUUUUGAUGAAAAAAAUUAAAUCUCAUUUACUUACCAUGCU